GGAAUUUCUGACAUGAACUUGACAGGUAUGGUGGAAUCUAAGGGCACUGACAAUGGUCUGGCGGUGGGCCGUGAGCAGGAUUGUUUUUUUUUCUCUCUUUCUUUUUGAGCUAUCUCCCUCUCCCGUCCCUGAAGCUCUUCAUCACGGAGGUCUCGGACCCGAUCACGGACAGGAAGGGGGACGAUGGAACGUGCCUCCACAGAUUUUGACGAUGCCGGGUGCCGAGAAUCUAGAGAUACGAAGAUGGGAAGGAUCGCCUAAAGCUUGGGCGUUUGACGCGGGCAAAACCCGUCGCAACCGUCUCCGGGCACCCUGGGAGAAUGAUUUUUGCUUCAGGUCUGUUGUCCAUCCCCGAACGCAAACAAAGAAUGCCAUUAUUGAACCGCGGUAGUUGGUUAGUCGAGUAAAUAAUGAGACACGCAGAUUCCGUUUGCUCACCGUAGGUGUGUAGGUACGGGACAGGGAGGAAUUGCGGCUGAGCACGGCCGGCGGCUUCGAGACGAAAGGGGCACUUUUUUUUUUUUUU